GGACAGCGCAAGGUCGUGCAGGACUUCAAGAUGACAGGAAGAGAGUUUCUUGAACUAGAUUCUCCGCAGCGAAGACUAUAUUUGGAAAGAUUGAAGCGGAUGGAAGUCAUAGAAAAGAUACUCAAUGAGCUUCCUAAAGCAGAUCAGAACCUUUGUAAUCAUGGAGCAUACUUCCUUGGAGCAAAUGCAAGCUUACUUGGCUUAGCAGCAAAUAACUUCUUCAGGAACAUCCUACAUGUCAGAAGGGCUUCCUUAGUGUCUGCUCUGCCAAUGGCUUUUAUUCCGUUUCUUUCAACAGUAGCAGCUUAUGAAGUAUUUGUGCGUAAGCCUUUAUUUUCAGGUGAGCUAAACUGUGAGGUCUGCGCUGUGGUCAGAGGAGGAUUAAUAGGGGCUGUCGUGGGUGGCCUCUAUCCUGUUUUCCUGGCUCUCCCCAUGAACGCGAGCCUUGCAGCCAGGUAUUCUUCAUCUCCCUUGCCAGGGAAAGAAAAUCUGCUACGCUUCUGGCUCACAACUUCUCAGCCUGUCUUUAGAAAGACGAGUUGGGGUGUACUUAUACAGGUUCUGACUGGAUUAUAUCUUGCCACUAAACAUCAUGGAAUAUAUAUCAAAGUACUGCAGCAGAUGAACACUAGCAGGGAUCCUGAAGAGUUAUAAGCAUGAAGUUAAAGCAACUUUUCAGUUGCCUUCGAUAAGUAACCAUAAUAAACAA